GAUGGAGGUGAAAACAUGUCUAUGGGUGAAAACACUGGAUGAAACAAAUCAUAACAAAUUCAAUCUGAUUCAACUGUUGUGGCGUUACUGGAUUCCUUUUAAUAUUAGUUCUUCAGCGGUUCAAAGAAAGAUUUGUUAGAAUGCUCUGGUUGAAGACGACCAUGCAGCUCAGAACUGACUCACUGUGGAAAUUAUGUCAAGUCAGCCGGCACUCAUCCGGACCCCCUGCGCAAAGCGUCACCCCAGCACCCUUCACCGGCGAACGCAGAGCGACAAGCCGCCACCGCCACGUCCCACUUCACACGUUACCCCUCCUCCACCCCAGUCGGCUUCACAGAUCGGCGCCGUGCCUCCAUCUCUGUAGACAGGCGUCAACGACCGGUGGCGCAGGCUGGUACGAGGGCGUAGCGGACUGGGUCAAUCAGACCCUGGUGGGCCACCAUCGUGUGCACCACCUUUGCUCUGAGGACAGCCAUCACUCUGCCCCUUGGAGCCUACCAGGCCGUUGUCGUUGCCACGCUCAUGAAGUCAGUGACUGAGGACUGCCCUGACAUUACACGCAUCUACAGCAUCGGGAAAAGCCAUAUGGGCCUGAAGAUGUACGUCAUGGAGAUAUCAGACAACCCUGGGAAGCAUGAGCUGGGUGAGCCUGAAUUCCGCUAUGUAGCAGGAAUGCAUGGGAAUGAAGUUCUGGGCCGGGAGCUGUUGCUUAACCUUAUGCAGUACAUCUGCCAGGAAUACAAACAGGGCGACCAGCGCAUCGUCUGGCUGGUCAAAGAGACACGCAUCCACCUGCUGCCUUCGAUGAACCCAGACGGUUACGAAAUGGCCUACAAGAAGGGAUCCGAGUUGGCAGGGUGGGCGCUUGGCCGUUAUAGCUACGAAGGCAUCGACAUGAACCACAACUUUGCUGACCUGAACAAAGUCAUGUGGGAUGCUAUAGAAUACGACUUCCAGAAUAAUGAUAAGUCCAAGCUCAUCAGCCACUACAUCCCGAUACCAGAGUAUUACACUUCGGAGGACGCAUUUGUGAGUUGCUGUUCUGGAGAAUCACACACGUUAGGCAAAUUCGUACUGAGCGCCAACCUGCACGGCGGGGAACUGGUGGUCACCUACCCCUUCGACAGGACCGUAGACUGGGCGCCCCGCGAUGAAACAUCCACACCCGAUAAUAGCUUCUUCCGCUGGCUGGCCACAGUGUAUGCCAGCACCAACCAGGCCAUGUCGAAUCCCGACCGCCGACCCUGUCACAAUGAAAACUUCCAGUGCUACAACAACAUCAUCAACGGCGCCAACUGGCACACAGUUCCAGGAAGCAUGAAUGACUUCACCUAUCUGCACACCAACUGCUUCGACGUGACGGUGGAGCUGUCCUGCGACAAGUUCCCCCAUCCUAUCGCUGAUGGGGACUACUGGCGCCUGCUAAACCCCGGAGAGUAUGAAGUCACCACAAGCGCCGAGGGCUACAACCCGUCCACGCGCCGGUGCCAGGUUAUGUAUGACCACUACCCCACCGUGUGUGACUUCCGCCUCACCAAGACCCCCAGACAGAGGCUGAAGGAGAUGCUGGCCAAGGGGAUCAAGCCUCCCAAAGACCUGCAGAUUACACUGCGGCAGCGGCGUCUGCGAAAGCUGAGAGCAAGCACCAAAACAAUAAACCGCAGGCGUGCGGCUGCUAGCAGGAGGGUACGCAGUCUGGGAUCUUGACCUCGAGUUGUGUCAACCACAACACACAAUGUCUGGAAAAUGCUUUUAUUACAUUGUGAUGAAACUU